AUAAAUUAUGCUAGUGCCUUUGAACCCUAUUAAUGGAUGGAUAGUAAAUUACAGAGGAAAAUUGAAAUUUUAACUGUUAUAAUUUGACCCACCCGAUCUUUUAGCAUCGAUAGGAUGGUUCAAUGUAAGUUUAUUCAAGUUUAAUUUGGCCUGAUUAACUUUUAUUUUGGUAACUUUCCAUUUUAAUUGUGUACUAUUUAUUUUCAUUGGCUAUUUUGUGGCAUUUGUUUACUGUGACUAUUAUGGUUCGGGAUUCCCUGCCAAUAGUCCUAGUUUAGACCCUGAACCGUUUGUUUAUAAAAAGAUUCCAAUACAUUAUUUAAGUUCAACUCACGGCAUUGGAUUUGCUGGCUACGGUGGAGGCGAUGGACCAAUGAGGAAAUACAUGGGAGCUUUAUCACCUUAUCACCAUGUUGGAUAUCCAAUGCCAAACUAUUCAUAUCAUCAUCCUAAGGACCCUGGAAGUGCUAGUGAAAGUGGAUCUCAUCAUGAGCAUUCAAAUCGAAACAAUCACAACAAUAACUCAAGUCGCUCUCCUCUUUUACUUGGAAUGCGAGUCAAUGGUUUUAACUGGCUGAAAAGGCCAUUCAGGAAAGGAAUUUUUGAUCGUAUUUUGGGCUAAUCAAUUUCAAAGUCAGAAUAAGUGCUUUUAUUCUGUAAAUUGGCGUUACAAGCGCAAAUAUCUCUCAAUUGUUCAAAUAUUAUACUUCUUAUGCAUAUCUAAUUUGCUCACCUUUUCAACCUUUUUUUACAAAAAAAUAUCCAUUAAAAUUCAUAUCCAACUAUAGAGACAAGUGUCUAAAUGAAAGUCAAAAGUGCAAUUGAAAAUUGAUUAGAUCAACGUAAAAUUAUAUUUAUUUACCGAUUUACGUUCAUUUUUAUCAAUUUUUUCUAAUGAAUUACAACCAGUUCUAUCUUUUCAUGCAUUAAAAAUGAAUUUUGCCGCUUUACAUACUUUUUGUUUACAUCGUCACCUGUUACUAUGUGUUUGCCUUUCCUCUUUUAUUAUUUUUUAUUUUGAUUAAUCAUUAGUGCACAAUGGAUGAUUCAAAAUUAAUUGAAGGAUUGUUGUCUUCGGUGAUUCCUGAAUUAUCUGAUCACAGUCAUAAAGGUCAGUCAGGACGGAUUGGUGUUAUUGGAGGAUGCAAAGAGUUCACUGGUGCACCUUACUAUGCGUCAAUUUCAAGUCUCAAGAUAGGAGCUGAUUUAGUUUAUGUUUUUUGUGCUUCAGAUGCUGCUAUUCCAAUUAAGUCGUAUUCACCAGAGUUGAUUGUUUUGCCUGUCUUGGAUUCUAAAGAUGUCAUUGCAACCGUGUCACAGUAUAUGCCUCGUCUUCACGCGCUUAUUAUUGGACCUGGCUUAGGUCGAGAUGAAGCACUUACUCAAACGGUUUUUUCUCUGAUUACCAAAGCUCGUGAAUUUGAUUUACCUCUUCUUUUGGAUGCAGAUUCACUCCAUUUUAUUUGUAAACAACCUGAUGUCAUCAAAAAUUACAAGAAAGCUAUAUUAACGCCUAACGCCAUUGAAUUCUCGAGAUUACAUAAUUUAAUAUUUCAACAUGAUUUGAAUGAUCAAGAACGUGACUCGCCUGGAGAAAAGCUCAAAGAGAUGUGUUCAAAAUUAGGGAAUGUCACAAUUGUCCGCAAAGGACGACAAGAUCUUAUUUCAGAUGGUAACAUGUUAAUCUCAUGCGACCAAUAUGGGUCUAAUCGUAGAUGUGGAGGUCAAGGUGAUCUAUUAGUUGGUUCAAUGGCUACUUUCGCUUUCUGGAGUCACGCUAAUAAGCAAAUGAAAGGUUCUCUUUUGGACACUAAUCAACUUAAUCCAUGCAUCUUGGCGGCAUAUGCGGCAUGUCUUUUUACGCGUAAAUGUAACAAACUUGCAUUUGAAAAAUUGGGUCGUACAAUGACCACGACAGAUAUGAUCAGAUUAAUUCCUAAGGCUUUUGAAGGACUUUUUCCAACAAAAUUCAGAUCGUGAAUUAGUUUAUCAAAAUUUAUCACCAGUUUGUGUACAGACAACGAAAUAGCAUUGCGAUUCUUAAAAAGUUCAAAUGCAAGAUGAUCUAAAUUAAUGCGAUUUCCAGUUUUAUUAUUUAAUAGUGGAAAUAAAAACCAAUUGUAUUCUAGAAACUGUUGAAUUAAAAGUAAA